GCGGAUGAAAGCUCACGCCGCGCGGCGGCCGCCACCAGCCUCGACGCGACGAAGCCCCGUCCUGGCAUCAGAAGAGGCGCGACGGCCACCGCAGCAGCGCCGAGGGGCAAGUCUUGCUGCGAGGGCACCACUCCCGAACUUUUCGAGAGAAGAGGCGUGCGUUUCUCUAGCGCCAGCAACCGCCCGGCGAGAACUCCGACAGACCGCGGCAGCGGCCGCGCCGCAGGCACGCGUGGCCCUCCUCACACGUCCUGGGCGCGGGAGCCUCGCGAGGGCAGCGGAAAAAAAGCCUCCGCUGGCAGCUCGCGGGAGACUCCCAGACCAAACUGCUGGCUCUUGCGAGUCGUCGCUGAGCGGAGCUCAUCGACGCGAGAUCGACCCCAAAAUCGACGCGCACCGGCGCCAGAUCAGCGCCAUCGCAAGGAUUGCCAGGCACUCGUCGACGCCAGGGGUGCAGAAGAGGCUCCCGGCAGUUUCUACCGAGACAGUCUAGGUGCGCCCGUGCUGGAGCAGCAGCCGCGGGAUGCGGAGGCACUCCCGCUGGCCGGCCGUCGGUCCAGCGGAGCGCCAGAGCCGGGAAGCCAUGCACGUGUCUGCCGGGCCAGGCAUAUGGGCGAUACCCAGGCGCGCCGUGCCGAGGAGAGCGAGGAACAGAAGGGAGGAGAGGAGGCACACGGCGAAGGAUACGAGUCGGCCCGAAAGCUUAUCGACUCCUGGCCUGGCGGCCUGUGCUGCGACAGCUCCGUAUUGAGAGGCCUAGCCAGCGCAGGCAAUGCACUCGCCGCGCAGGAGAAAAGAGGGAGAGGAGGGAGGAAGGAGGGGAGGACGGGGGGGAGGCAGGAGGAAAACAACCAAGCUCGCGAAUGCGUAGACCAACCACGGCAAAUCCGGGAGUACUCGCACAUAUGUCCCACACGAGCGGAGAAGGAGGAGGAGGAGGACGAGGAGGAGCAAGACGCAGAAUAUAACGGCCAGCGAAGAUAGUGACGCAGUGCAAACAGUCAGGUGACUAAAUUCCUA